AACAGAUGUAACGGUUUCUUCAGCACAAGACACGAAGAGUCGACAUUUUAAAGCUAGUACAGCAUGUAAUAGACCUUAAACAAUUUGGAUAUAUCGGGGAUUGAAAAAAAAUGGAUGACACAAAUGACAGCAAGCAGGAUGAUGAGGUGUCUGGAGUAUAUUCUCCGAAGCAGCACAUUGUCAGAGUGUGGAAUGUGUUCAUUUCUUUAACGUGUUUGGUAGCUGUAGUGCUGUGUCUGUAUGAGCUGUUUUUUAACUCGACCGUCCAAUGGAUUGUCUUCAUGAGAUACUGUCUUGAUGUGAGCUUCAUCUUAAACAUCAUAUCGCGUUUCUACAUUGGACAUGAAGAUCAUGGGGUGGUCAUAAUAGACCCCAAGAGGGUCCGGAAAAAGUACCUUGAGACUUGGUUUUUGUUGGACUUCUUGUCUGUUUUGCCACUCGAAACUUUGAAAAUGGCCUUCUCUGACCUGACGUUCAUCCAAGCAAAUAGAUGUCUGAGAGUGUUCAGGUUGUUUGGUUUAAUAUCCUCAUUCAACAGGGAGCCAGACAUCAACAAAGUUUAUGUUACAGCUCUUCAUUGCUUCUCCAUUGGCAUCCUGUGUUUUCAAACAUCUGCAUGCAUUUGGUUUCGACAAGCAUGUGUUGGAACUUCUGAAGGUCAUCCAAGGCGAUGCUUAAAAAUGAGUUGGUUGCAGCUGCGACCAGACUUUUCUACCAAUGUGACAGGAAUCUCAGAUGUGGAGUACUAUACUGCAUCAUUGUACUGGGCAGGUAUCACACUUUGUGCCAUAGGAUUUGGGGAUGUACAUGCUACAUAUUUGGAAGAGGUCACUGCUGCAUCAUUUGUGAUGGUUCUUGGACUGCUUUCCUUUGGAAUCAUCAUGACCAAUAUGAGCUCAUUGAUAAGCAACAUGGAUGCACAAAGGGGAAAAUUCUAUCACAGAAUGGAAACUGUUCAUCAUUAUGUGAAACAUAUGGGAUUACCAGAGGAAAUCCAAACAUGGGUUCACGCGUAUUAUUAUGGUCUAUGGACACAUCAGAAGGGUCGGGUCAUUGCAGGACUGAUGGAUGAUCUCCCGUUUGUGCUGCAUUCGGAUGUUCUGAGCUGUUAUUACAAACCUCUGAUAGAAAAAGUUAAGUUAUUCAGAGAAACCGAGAGUGGGUUUAAAAGGGCAUUGUCGUUGAAAUGUAACACCUACACCUACAGCCCUGGACAAAUUCUUGCUGAAAUUGGAGAAGUGUAUCCAAAUCUGUAUUACAUUAAACAUGGACUUGUGCAGGUUUAUGGUGAAGAUCCUGGUGAUGAGAUUGCCACUCUACUGCCUGGCUCAUUGUUCGGAGAGGCACAUUUGCUGUUCAGCAUUCCCAGAAAUGUAACCAUAUGUUCGUUGACAUUGAGUGAAAUCUGUGUUUUGGAACGAAAAGAUUUUCUAUUGCUCUUUGCUGACUACCCUGAAACCGGCGAGAAGAUUGGCAAAGCUGCGAAAGAGCGUCUUGAAAAUUUCACGUAUCCGCUACAAGAAGCGUUUGCAUAUGGACUUGCUCUGCGUCCACAAAAUGUAGUAUUUCAAAAAGACCUGAGUACCAACUUUCAGGAAAAGGCUAAAAGGAUUUUCAGAUCGUUGUUGGAUGGUUUUUCAAACCAGUAUAAUCAGAUUAAAUCUCAAAUAAAAAGCAAAAAGACCAAGCGUUUUUGGAAGAGAACUAUUCACCCUGAUCAGGCUUUUGCGAAAAAGUGGGAUAUUUUUUUUUUCUUCUGCAUCGCUCUUUCGGUUUUUCUGGAGACAUGGGUGCUGUUUUUCACCAACAAUACACACACAAUGGGACUUUACAGUGAAAGCUGGGGUGCUCUUUACCUCGCAGUCGGUGCUCUGAUUGAUAUUGCUGCUGUGUUUGACAUACUCGUAACUCUGCGGACUAAAGUUCUAACCGAAGAUGGAUAUGUGACCAGUUUAACAGUGAUAUUUAAAACAUAUCAAAGAUCUCGGAACCUGUAUUAUGAUGUCCUUGCUAUUCUACCCCUGGAUUUCAUUUCUUUUGCUUACACUGGUACUAAACAUUGGAUAAUGUUAGGCUCAUUAAGAGCAAAUAGGCUUAUUUGGCUUCGUAAGAUUUAUCUGUAUUUCUGCAAAAAGGAAAGUGACAUAUAUAAAAACCUGUUUGUACAAAGGACAGCAAAAUGCAUCUUUCUCCUCACUUUCUUUGUGCACUUUUGCGCUGGCGUCUUGUACCUUUCAGCAUGCUCAGAAGUAAAGUGUCUUGAGGAUUCAUGGGCAGGAAAUGCUGGACUUAAUUCUAGUCAGAAUAACUUGUAUCACUAUAUAUAUGCCACAUAUUGGACAAUUUCAAUAAUGACAAGUGUGGGAUAUGGUGACAUUUUGCCUACUUCUCCGUUAGAACAAAUGCUGGCUAUAAUUGUUGGUCUUACUGGUUUACUGAUCUUAAACUACAUUAUUAGCCAGAUUAUUGCCACCAUAUCUGGUGAAAAUGCUAAGAGGGUAAGUUUCCAGAAUCUUCUUUCAGCAAUGCGUCACUUCAUGGAGCGUCACGACCUCACUGUAUCCCAAGAAAACCGAGUUAUGGAAUACAUGAAACAUCUGUGGUCUAAAUACCAAGGUGAGGCGUACCCAAGAGGGCCCUUUAUUAUGCGGGACUUGCCAGCUGAACUUAAGAGGACUGUUCUCAUGGCAGAAAGAGGGGAACUUCUAUCAAAGAUUCCUUACUUUGCAGAAGCGGGACAUUCAUUCAUACAGGAAAUUGCUUCAAUCUCAGCUAUGUACUUCUUUCCUAAAGGAGAAAUAGUCCAGUACAGUAACACUAUCACAAGAGAGCUCUUUUGUAUUCGGAGAGGAACGUGUCAGAUUUUGAGCGAUGACCUUUCAGAAAUAGUUGGUCGCUAUCGGAAGAGGAUGUAUUUUGGAGAGGCAGGAUUUCUGUUCGGAAAACCCGCCAUGUUGACAGUGCGCACAAUGACAUGCUGUGAAAUUUUAUCUAUCGAUUUUGAAAAGGUCAGAGUAGUUCUUGAGAAGUAUCCUGUGCUGAAACGGCAAAUGGAAGAACUUCAAACAAAUUCCGGAUACCACAAGACCUUGGAAAUGAUGGUGGAGAACAAAAUGAAGAGGCAAAGGAGAACUGAAGAAGAUGAAGCUGAUGCUGUACACAAGAGAAAGAAAGUCCUGUUGACAUUUCAUGGCCGUAGAUAUUGCAAGAAGUCAAAAUGCUAUGUUGAGGAUUUUGGAAACAUUCCAAUCUAUGCUGGAUUAGAGGAAGAAACAGCUGCUGAAAAAUACCAGAAACUUCAGAACAAACGAUUAGGACAACGGAGGCCAAAAACUUUUUGGGAAAACAUUCUUCAUUUCAUCUUAUGGUCUUGCCCAUCAGUUUUCUUAAUGAAGAAUGCAAUUGUGCCCAGCAGUACAAUUUUUGUAAAAUGGGUGAUUCUUCGGAUCGUACUAGCCAUUGCAGUCAGCGUCAUGUCCUCUUUGCUUUUUGCGUUUUUACAUUACAAAAUCGAGCUGUGGAUUGCUUGUUAUGCACUCGGAGUUCUGUGCUGGAUAGACAUAUACAUCCGCAUGCAUGUUGCUUUCUACCAAGACAACGAUCUUCAAGUCGACCCGCUGGAAAUAGCGCAUCACUACAUCAAAACCGGCUUUCUUGUGGAUUUCAUAACUUGCUUUCCCUGGGAAAUUGUGGGUUGGCUGGUAAUAUCACCCCACAGUGAAAAUGGCUUUUAUGCCAAUAAUGAAGCAUUGCAUCUGUACGCAUACCUGAGGAUCCCUCACGUUUUCCAGUUAUACCGCGUGCCUCUUGCGUUUUCAUACCUGCAGGAAGAUAUUACUAGAGAAAAGAACAUCAUCACUUUCCUGAAGUUGUUGUUAUACUGUGUUCUUUUUAUACACUUCAGCACUUGCGUUAUGUUUGCAAGCGUUUGCCCAGCACAAGAUCUUCCCGGCGAUGAGCACAGUUAUUUUUUACCGAUGAUAAAGCACAACUGUACACCGUCGUCUUGGGUGUCACACUUGAACAACUCAUUUGAUGUGGACUAUGACACUGUUACUUUCCCAGAGUUGUAUUUAGUGAGCUUUUACUUCGCCACCACAACAAUAUGUAGCAUUGGAUUUGGAGACAUCUAUCCUCAUGAAACUUUUUCGAAAACCAUCACGAUCGUUGUCCUUAUUGCUUCAAUGCUGUUUUGGGGCUGGUUAUCCGGAACUAUCACCGCUAUGCUGGCCAAUGCAGAUGCUGUCAGAUCUGCUUAUUCAAGGAGAACCGAGAGCAUGAAAUUAUUCUUAAAGAGCCACAAUAUAACUGGGCCUUUAUAUGAGAGUGUCGCUCGAUUUUACACUUUCCGAUGGAUACGCACAAAAGGAAUUGAUCAGGACAAACUGUUUGAGUAUUUGCCCACUUCACUAGUUGGUGAUAUAUCAACGAUUCUUUAUGCAGAUUUUAUAGCAAAGGUGUUUGGUCUGAAUAUCCAGAGGGAGGAAAGACAAGAAUCUGAGACACAUGUGUUGUCUUCUCUCAACAUCAAAAGAGCAGGAAAACUCAACAAGCCAUUUUUUGAGAUGAUGUUGACAAAGGAUUGCCGGGAGGACCUAGAAACUGAUGGAUGCUUCAUUCGCCUGUUAGCCAGAAAAAUUUACCCGUCCCUUUACAGAGCCAAUGAUUACAUAUACAAGAGACAUGACUUUGGAGAUGAGAUGUACUAUAUCGAAAAGGGAGAAGUGGAUGUGUUGUCUAACAAUAAAUUAACAGUGGUUGUCAAAUUAAAAGCUGGACAGUAUUUUGGUGAAAGAAAUUUGCUGUUGGGAGAACCAAGAGCUGCCACACUAAGAGCUGCAACAAACUGUGAUUUAUAUGUUUUAUCAAAGAAAAGUCUUGAUGAAACAUUCCAGUAUUACCCAGACAUGUACAAGCAAUUACAAAGAGCAAGUGUGAUGAUGAAAGAGGAGUUACACAAGGAGCAUCAUUGCAUUAAAAUGUCCAGAAAGCCUAGACCUGCAGAAGAGUUUUCCCUCAGACAGACUGGAUAUUUUAAACUGCAUCGUGAGUGUAUGGCUGAGGCAGAGCAAACGGCUCUGGACAGCACUUGGUGGACAGCAGUCAAAGAAAUCUUCAUGAAUCUUUUCAUCCUCUUGAGAAGAAUACACAAAAAAACCAUUGACCCUGAGAACACUUUCCGACUGGCCUAUCAGUAUAUUUCAUGUCUCCUGAUCACCGUCCUUUUCUGGGCAAUAACAUACAUGCACUCUGUGUCUGACGUUGACUGGUAUAUCUUCCUGCUAACACUGAUUAUUGAAUCCAUUAUGAUGAUUGAGGUCAUCCUGAAGUUUCACAUGUGUUAUUAUGAUGAUAGCGGAGCAUACAUUUCAGACUACGAAUUGACAUCCCAGAGCUACUUGAAGAGCAAAGUGGGAUUCGUCUUCGAUGUGGUCUGCUCCCUUCCAUACAGUAUGCUAUUUUUGCACCCAAUGUUCAGCAAGGAGCUGUCUACGUUCCUCUCCGUGAUUGUUUAUGCUCGCAUGGCUCACUUACCUCGGCUUAUUACACUGUUAGUGUUCAUGUGGAAGGAGGAAAAAUUAAUAACAUCCAAUCUGUUGUGGAUAAGAAUCAUCAAGUACUUUGUACAUGCAGUUCUCUUUGUGCACUGCGGGGCAGUGUUGUGCAUUUUAUUUGUUAGGAUGUAUGGCAUGUUGUCAUGGGUGGGUGCGACAGAAAUUUACUUCUUCCCUGAAAUGUAUAGAUAUGCUUCCUACUGGGUGAUCCAAAUCUACACAACAACGGGUUACGGUGAUAUAGUCGCAAAAUCCUUUGGGGAAAUUAUCAUGUGUAUUAUGAUAAUGAUCCUGUCAAAAAUGCAAGUCGUUUUUAUCAUGGGACAUCUCACAUCUACGCAAACAAACAAGAGGGUUCUCCAGGAAGCCUAUGAAGAAAAGCUAGAGACUAUUAAGACAUACAUGAAGCAGGAGAGAAUCCCAACCAAGAUACAAAAGCGUGUGAUGGCGUUCUAUAGUUAUCGAUGGAAUCGCACCAGCGGGACAGACGCUGAAGACUUGUUCAAAGACAUCCACACCUGUUUGAGAACAGAGAUUUUGUCAAGCAUCUGCGAAAAAACUUUGAAACAGGAUCUGCUGUUCAUCAAAUACCCCAGCCCAUUUCUAAGAGAACUUUGCACACGUAUGAUCAUCAGAUGUUUUCCUAUUGGGGAAUUCAUUUACAGAAAAGGAGACGUUGGCAGGAUGUAUUUAAUAUUAAUUGGCAAGGUGAAGAUAUGCGCAGACUCGAGAGGAUCAAAGAUCAUUCAUCGUUUCUGUGCGGGAACACCUUUUGGGAAUCAGUUUUUAAUAAAACGCACCCUCUUCAAAGACACUGCCAUAGCAGAAAACUAUGUAGAUGUCGCCAUACUGUCCAAAGAAUCUUUUGAAGCUGUGGGUUUGUUAUAUCCAAGCAUUAUGAGGAAGCUCCUUAAGGAAGCCUCUUCUAACAGUCCAGUACAGUUGUAAAGCACAUUUAUAGUGGCCAGUAGUUGCUUAGUGACUAUAUAGAAAGUGAUGAUUAUUGAAUUUGAUGGAAAAUACGUUUAAGACACAGUAGUUUAGUAGUGUAAGAUGUAUUAAUUGAGUUUAAAAAUUGGUUAAAUAGAUAACUACAUUAUUCAUUUAUUAUUUAUUGUUAUGCAUUGUUACUCUGACUUCAAAGUGUUUAUAGAUAUAUGUUUAUAUUUUGUACUGUCUUUUAAUUGUAAUGUUUUAUAAUCCACAUUCUUCCUUGUAGACAUGUGCAGUAUUGUGCAGCUGAAUAGAGGGUGAAAUACUGCCUUGGAUAGAAUGAAAAUACUUUAGGAAUUAAACGUUGCUUUGUGCUGAUAAUUUAUCUAAGAAAAUACUCUUCACCCUAGAAAACGUAUGAAACGUUGACAAGGUAUUGAGGUGUGUGCUAGUUUAAAUUUAAUUACAUUUUAUUGAAUAAAAGUAUUUUAAAUGGUA